AUGGUCGGCAUGGGUCAGAAAGACAGCUAUGUCGGUGACGAGGCCCAAAGCAAGAGGGGUAUUCUGACGUUGAAAUAUCCGAUCGAACAUGGCAUCGUUACUAACUGGGACGACAUGGAAAAGAUCUGGCACCACACCUUCUACAACGAACUUCGUGUUGCCCCGGAAGAACACCCUGUGCUGCUCACGGAGGCCCCGCUGAACCCGAAAGCGAAUCGAGAAAAGAUGACGCAGGCAUUUAUGCCCUAA